AUGAAAAAUAUAAAACGUGAACUUUUCCUUUUUUUUGUAGUCCUUUUUUUUCUAUAUAUUAUUUGUGGUUGUAUAUAUGAAAAGUUGUAUGAGUGUCAAUAUAACAAAAUUUAUAAUAAUCCUCAUGAAUCAGAAAAGUAUAGACAAUUUAAUAAGAUCCGAUUAUUAUCAGAAAAUAAAAAUAUAUUAGAAUUCAAUAAAGAAAAAAUAUCUUUACAUGAUUAUAUAAAUAAUGAUAAUUAUAAUACGUUAGAUGCGAUUGAUUAUAAUUUUUAUAAUGAUAAGGAAGAGCAAUGUAAUGAUACUACUUGUGUUGAUAAAAAAAAUUAUAAUAGAACUAAUAAUAAUGAAGAAGAAUGUAGUAAAAAUUUCUAUCAGUAUUUAAAAUAUAUGGAACAAAACGUUAAUGUAAAUACAAAUAAUAUAAAUACAGAAUUACAAAUUAUAAGUAAUGAUCAUAAUAAACAAAAUUAUAAUUAUGAUAAUAAUAGUGAUAAUAAUAAUAAUAAUAGUGAUAAUAAUAAUAAUAAUAAUAGUGAAUAUGGUGAAACUAAUUAUUUCUUAGAAAGAAAUAAUAAACUUAUAGACAGUCAACAAAACGAAAUGAAUAAUAUAUUCCAAGAAACAAUAAAUAAAACACUAACAUAUGAUAUGUCAACAGAAAAUUCACAUACAAAUAAUAAUUCAAUUCAUUAUGAAACUCAAAAUGGAAAUAGAGAAUAUAUGAACCUAUCGAAUAAUAAUUUGACAUAUAUUAUUUCUCCUUAUGAUAUAUUACCUUAUAAUGAUCAAAAUAAUUUAUCACAAUAUGAAACUCUAGAUAGUAAUCACUGUAACGAUCUAAACAUUUAUAAUCCAUAUUAUCAACCUAUUGAUCUUCCAUACUAUGAACCGGUUAGUUAUGCACAUGAUAGAUCUAAUAAUUAUUCUCAUCAUAGUAAUCAUAAUUAUUCUCAUCAUAGUAAUCAUAAUUAUUCUCAUCAUAGUAAUCAUAAUUAUUCUCAUCAUAGUAAUCAUAAUUAUCCUCAUCAUAGUAAUCAUAAUCAUAAUCAUUCUCAUCAUAAUCAUCCUCAUCAUAAUCAUUCUCAUCAUAAUCAUUCUCAUCAUAAUCAUUCUCAUCAUAAUCAUCAUAGAUAUGGACCCGGGGGGGACCCAUAUCAUAGACACGAUCAUAUAAUGGAUCGAUCUUAUUAUAACAAUAACCUACAGAAUGACAAUGACGAUAUGAUGUUAACAUAUAAUCAAAUGAAUGAUAAUAAAUCCUUGUAUGAUGAACAAAAUUUCGAAUUAGAAUUAAAAAAAAUUAUAAAAAAAAACCAUUUACAAAAUGGUAAUAUCACAGAUAGUUGUGACACUAGAGUUAGUGAUUAUAAUAAAAAAUUAGUGGAAUAUAAUAAAAAAUUAAAUGAAUAUAAUGAAAAAUUAAAUGAAUAUACUAGAAGAUUAAAUGAAUAUAAUAAAAAACAUAAUGAGAAUAAACAAAGUAGACAAAAUAAUAAUGAAAAUACAUUAUCACAAGAUAUAGUUCUAUAUGGAGCAGAUUUUCAAAAUGCUUUUAGAUAUAGACAAAACACACGCUCCUAUUAUUCAAAUAUACAUUCAAACAGAGAAGAAGAUCUUGAUAGAGUAAUAGAUUUUACUAAUAAUAAUAAUGCAUCUGAAGAUGAAUAUACAUUCGGAAAUGAACAAGAAAUAUAUCAUCAACAUUCAAAACGUUUAGAAAAAAAAUUAUUUGACUAUCAAAAUGGUACUAACCCAUUAAUAAACUUUUUAGAGCGUCAUUUUUAA